CGUUGAUCUCAUAUACCUCGCUCGACCAGGGCUCAAUCUGCACGAAUAGGACCGAUCUGUAAAUCAAUCUCCCAGCCGCUCGCUGUGACUCGGAUAGCGACCGUUGGAUUCUCGAUUACACGCAGUCACCCAGGUCGAUACCCGUCCAAUCCGCACACUCCAGCAACAUGGCCUCGAAAGGUCCGGUUGAAGGACCUUCCAUAGGGUUCGACUUCUCCAACUAUGCGAGGAAUCAGUAUCUAGGACAGACGAUGGGAGGACUACCAAAAGCGACCUCAACCGGUACCACCAUCGUCGGGAUGAAGUUUGGCGGCGGAGAUUCUGGCGAAGAGGAGGGAAUUGUCCUCGGUGCGGAUACGCGAGCUACUGCUGGGUCUAUCGUUGCAGACAAGAAUUGCGAGAAGAUUCACUAUCUCACACCGAACAUGCGCUGCUGUGGUGCAGGUACUGCAGCUGAUACUGAAUUCGUUACCAAUCUCAUCUCCUCCAAUCUCGAACUCCAUGCACUUUCUCAGGGCAAGCCGGCACGUGUAGUCACCGCCAUGACCAUGUUGAAGCAGUACCUCUUCCGGUAUCAAGGUCACGUCGGAGCAUAUCUUGUACUGGGUGGCGUCGAUUCCACAGGCGCCCACUUGUUCGCCGUUCAAGCCCACGGAUCAACAGACAAAUUGCCAUACAUGACGCUUGGUUCCGGCUCACUUGCCGCCAUGGCCAUGUUUGAGAGCAGUUUCAAGCAGAAUAUGAAGAGGGAAGAAGCUAUUGCGCUUGUAGCUCGAGCAAUCCGAGCCGGUGUCUUCAACGAUUUAGGAUCAGGUAGCAAUGUCGAUGUCGCAGUCAUCACCAAGGCCGGGACGGAGAUGUUGAGAAACUACGAGAUGCCCAACGAGCGAGGGGUCAAAUCCCGCAAUUACAAGUUCCGCCGUGGGACGACCGCUUGGACGAAAGAGGAUGUCCGCAACUUGUUGGUCUCUGAGGAGGUGGCUGUGACCGCUGGCGCGGGCAAGCUGCAGGAUACGACUGAGGCGAGUCAAGGAAUGGAAGUUGAUGCGUAGACCAAGACACAUUCGCAUAUGCAUGUACUAUCGC